AUGUACAGUGCCCAGCAACAUUCUGACUACAUUAUCUCCGAUUACAUGGACAAAAUUUCGACGAAAAUAAACCUCCUCGAAACCGAGUUGAAAUACGCUUGGCGCGCAUUGGACUUACUUUCGGGGGAAUACGGUAAAAUGUGGCAACACUUGGAAAAGUUAGAAAACUUAACAGUUGAACAGCAAUCUGUGCUUGCGAAUUUAAUGAAUUUAUAUGCGUCGACAAGUCAAAAUGCCGCCGCGACAGUUGCUAACCUCAAAGAUCAAAAGCCCUUCUUGAUGCACGAUAUGGGCGGCAUGAUUCCGAUCGGAGCUCAGUUAAUGCAUCCGCAGGACAUUGCAGCACUGAAAAUGGCUCAACAACAAAUGCACCAAAAUGCCAAGGCAAAUGUCGAACAAGAAGCUACCACGACGGAGUUUAAUGAGAUGUUGGAAGAAUUGAAAGCUGAUGCCAUUCAUAAUAACAAUCAACCGGAUUACAAUCAAAUGCUACCAUCAUUGCCAAUUUCCGGAUCGGCGGGAAUGUAUCAAGUCCCAAAUUUAUCGCAAAAUUUCCUGAAUACGAACGAAGAUACGACAAUGAAUCCGAUUUAUGAUGAACUUGCGGAAAGUGUUAACGAAAGAAAUACUCUUGCGGCAUACGGCAGCGCACGCAAUAUCGCUGGAGCCCAAGCCAUGGUUAAUCCACGUGAUCAGCUAAUUCAUAAUUUACUUACGGAAGCGUAUAUCAAAGAAGGGUUCGAAGAAGGUAUUGACUUAAUGAAUCUCCCGGAUGGCAUGCAAUUUGAAAGAACAGCGCAAGGAGCCGACGACAAAUUCUACCAAAUGGGCCCCGACCUGUCGCUGUUCCAAAAUGAAAACCCGCGCCUCCGAAAUGUCGAGCAGGAUUUUUUUCGGUGCGGCGAGAUCAACAGAGAUAUUUAUAGCAUGAGCGGUACGACAGCGACAGUGACGGAUCAGACUAUUAACGCGCUACUAGCCACGCAUCCGGACAACAGCGAGAUCACCUUCGACCAAAUUGAACAGUGUCUCGCUGCGCAACGUCCCUCAAUUUCGCGUCCUGGCUCGUCGCUCGGCAUGAUAUACGAGGACAACGAAGAACAAGAGGGCGAUGGGGGCGGCGCGAGUCAAGAACACUCAAGAUCCGACGAUCCAAAAGGUCGAAAGCCGAAGCGUGGCAGCGAAAGACGUCACAAGAAAAAGCGACAUCACAAAAUUGACGCAGAAAAUGCGAAAAAUGCUGGUCUUACAAAUGCUGAACUAAAAUUGCUACAAAAACAAAUGGAGGACUCGGAAAGUGAUGAGAAGGAAACUCCCGCAGACUCGAGUUUCAUGCGAAACAAAGAAGAACGACGUCAAAACAAACAAAUUAUUGAACAGCUAAUGCUUGAUAUCGGAAACGCGGAAGAUUUAAAGGGAAAAGAUCAGGAAGAACUCGAUGAAUUGAAACGAAUCCUUAAACGGGAAAUUGAUUUUUUUAAACGUAUCAAAAAGAGAGACAAAAAUUUCAUUUCACUUCUGUUGAAUCCCGUCACGAGCGUCGAUAAAAAUGCGAAACACGUUUUCGUGCAGAAAAUCGAUAAGAAUAUUCAAAUCCUGAAGAAAUUACUCAUCAACGACAAGACUUUUUUAGAUGCUUUUGUCAAGACUGACUUUCCGGUAUCGAGCACUUCGAGCGAUUUGGGUUCAGUUAAAACGCCAGGUUCAGAUGUUUAUGGCUCAGAUCCGCGUUCUCGUUCCUCAGCUGAUCUUUUUCGAGACUCGCUCAAGACAAGUAAUGCUGAGUUACAUGCCCAACUCAGUUUUUUAGAUCAACAACAGGAUUAUUCGAUGCCCACAAAGUCAACUUUUGGUUCGUCGAUUUCUAUUAAAAAAGCUUUGAGUCCUGGACAGACUAAUUCUUCUGCAGCAAUGACAUCGACUUCGUCUAUGCAUAACAUUUACAGUCAAGACGAGUACUUGAAUUCGUUAAAAAAGAGCUUGGAACGUCACAAUAGUAUGUUAUUCUUGAUGCGAAUACAAAAUCCAGAGAUGCAAAAUAAAUUAUUGGAUGAUGAACAGUUAAGCAAUCAUUCGAGUAGUCCGCCUCCUCCAGCGCCCAAUGGAGAGUCUAGCAUUUAUGGAAGGUAUAGUGAUGGUAUUGACGAAAAUCUCAUCGCUACGAGUGGAAAUCCGUUUGCUGCAGAUAUAAUGAUGAUGCAACAACGCAGAAUGAAGCCAGAACAGCAAACUGUGCGUCAACUAGGUGUCGAAUAUUCACCAAAAAAGACAAAAAGUGACUCUGGAUUAUCUUCAAUGAGCGGUUUCUCGAGCUUUGAACGUUCCCCCAACUCUCCCAUUCAUAAGGCAGGCAUGCUUUAUCAGUCCCAUGCUCCAAUGCAUACUCAAACGAAGAGUUUGUUGUCUGGGCAGUCCGAUACAGGAGCCACAAGUACCGACUAUCAAAACGAAAUUAAAUAUCUUACGGCAAUGCUAAAGAUGCAAGAACAAGCAGCUACAGGACAAAACGAAUUAAAUGCGAACAAUUUAAUUUAUACGGAGGAAAAUUUGAACUACAUACGAGAAUUAUCUAAAAAUGUGCCUAUCUGUUCGGUGUUCGAGAAUAAGUCGAUAUUCGAUAUAAAAGAGGGAGGCGAAGGAGGUUCCAAUUCAUCGUGGAACAUUUACAAUCAGAAUAAUUUAACAAAUAACGAGAGUUAUGCGCAAAAAUUAUACAAAUCAUUGGCGGAAAGGCAAAUUGCGGCAUCACAAGCAGCAUCAGGGCAAGCUUUGCAAUUGCCAAACUACCCGGAUCUCGUAAUGAAUGAAAGUAAUUCGAGUGAGAAUCAAUUUUUUCGUGCCAUCUCGCCCAUUCCAUCACCGCGAAAUAAGCCGCAAAACGAAGAGGAAGUAGUUUAUGCACGUCCCAUGAAAGGUCCCGACCGCCAAAAUCGCAAUCUCACAGAUCAUUUGGUGUACUACCCUUCCUCGAGCAAAGUUGAUUACAAUCCAAACGUGAAUUAUUACGCACGUACUUACGUUCCUGAUGCGCAUCGUUCAUCUCCGCACCACUCGUCAUCGUCUCAAAAUGUCUCUCAGGAGACCUACAACGCACGUACGCUCAUCAAUCAGCAACAGCAUCAACAAUAUUUGCGUAUGCAAGGCAUUCCGCCAUCCGCAUCCUCGUCGUCGGAGCAACAACGCGAAGAAUAUCAUCAUUAUUACGACGCACAAUCCGCCCAUCAUCACAAUAACUAUCGCGGCGAUAAUAAUUACCAACAAGCCCAAAAUCAUCAUCAUCCAGACUACCGACAAGACAACGGCAACAAACAUCACAAAGGCGCCAAAGUUAUGAAUAAAUUGAGUAAUUGGGUACACAAUAUGCCCGAAAUUAAGCUUGGAAAACUCACGAAACGACAUCGAUCGCAUUCGCUGCCCGAUAAUGUCGAUGCCAAUAGUCAAUCUUCGUCGUCGCCGCGUCACGGAAAUGUUCAGCAAUACAUGCAAAAUGCCCGUAACCGCGAGCCAGACUUCCAAAAUGAUGGAACGCAUCACGGAAGGAAAUCGUCGGCUUAUAUUAAAAAGAAACGAAAACAGUUUGCCAAGCAAAUGUCGAAUUUUAUGCAAAAAGCUAAGCAGUAUCGAAGACACAGUUUUACGCACAAACCUCCGGAUUACGAUGACAUUUCUAUGGAUCGCCCGGCUUCGUCGUCGACACGACAUACGAGUAGUGUCUCCGAUACUGAGGGCGCUCAAAGUAUCUUUAGCGACGAGGAUUACAGUGUAAGCGAAGCGGAACAAUUUGACGACUCAGGGUUCGAACAAAUGAGACCCAAAGCUCUUUUUGAGCAAGUUCGAGCUCCUGCAGCAGCAGCAGCUGUCGUCAAGCCUGUUCCAUCGCCACGGAAAUCGUUGCAACCAAAGCCUCUACCGAGAACGGAAGAGCCAAAGUACGAAGACGAAUAUGAGCAAGAGGAAGCAGAAGAAGAAGAGGAAGAAGAGCAACAGCAGCAAGAGGAAUAUGACGACGCAAAUGAGAUCGAUAACCUUUUUGCGACUAUCGGUGAGGUAAAGAAAGCACACGAAGAAGAGAGAACAUCACCACCGAAGGAAAAGCAUGCUACGCCGCCAGAAAAGGCACAAUCUCCUCCACAAAAUUUAUUUGAGACAGUCCAACCUGUCAUUAUCGAGGAAAAACCCGUGGAGCAACCGAAAGAUAAUCACUCCGUAUCGAGCGUUAUAUCGCCCGAGCAAUUCAGCAGCGAUGACAGCAACAAAAAAUACAAAUUCCCAAGUACAAGCAUGGAAUUUGCCGCGAGUCGUAAAGUUGGCAAGUUCAGAAAAAAGAAUUCCGUGACAGACGAAAGCCCGGGGGAGAAUCAAACGCAUUUACAACCGAUCCAGAAUCGAAGUGCGGAAGGCGGAAAAUCAUCGGAGAGCGAUAGUGAAGGUCGCAGUGCGAAACAGGCAGCAAAAUCACGUCCAAAAUUGCAAACUGCACACAGUGUCUUGCAAAAAACGCAUUCAAUUUGCAUCGAAGAUAUGACCGACUAUACUUCGGAACAAAAUGCACCGAAAGAAAUCUUUACACCGCCAUUAGUUGUAAGUCCUCGACCCGUCGAACAGCAAUCUUUUGACAAUCAGAUUACGCCAAAUAGCUCGCAACCACGUCAGCAAUUCCGCUUCGGGCAACGCAGUCAAGCAAGCUUGGAUGUUCCGCGUGGAAAUGCCGACGACGAAGACAGUCGCAGUCAAAAUUCGUUCCGUACGUCGCUUUCGUCGCGACGACAAAGCACAGAAGAUAGCAUCGACACCGACGACGAGUAUUUUUGCUAUGAGAUGAGAUAUUUGGAGGAGAUGGAACGCAAAACGCACGAAGAAGCGGAAUAUGUUGAACCAGAAACGAAUCAAAUCGACGAAAUUGUUGAAAAAGAAUAUCAGCCAGCAGUUAGUUACUCGCCAGAUCCAGAAGUGCGCGAAAACAUGGCACUGCUAUUGGAGGAAUUGAAGGAUACUGUUCGUGUUGCACCUGCUCAUGAACCGACUUUUACCCAAGUAGAUAGAAAAAGUAACAAAUCAAUGGAUGCUUAUGAGAAAUUUGCUUUAGUGACAGAUUCCGCGUGGCAAAGUAACGCAAUAAACAUCGAAGUAGAUCCCGAUGGCGACCGUUGCAUGAAAGAACUCGACAUGCUCGAACGCGAAAUGAAGAAAAAUGGCGGAAAGGAACUUUCGUAUUUCGCAACCACUGAGCCAACGCUCGAGCCGUAUACGGAAGAUCACGAAUACGACGAACGCUAUUUGGUGCCAGCUGACAAUGCACGAAUGGAUGACGCGUAUUCCCAUUCAUCGGGAGCCACUUCGGGUCCCGAUUCGCCGAUGCAAAGCGACGACGAGUUCCCGGAGCAACAUUCGCCGCGACACCUUGAUGCCGCAAGUCGUCGUAGCUCCUUCCGUGGAAGCGAUAGUCGUCGCCCUUCGCAUCAACCUGAACCCGUAAUUGUGUCACAAGAGGCGUACAAGAGUCCGCCAAGCGUAAAGUCACCGCCAUCGUCGCAUGCGGUGCCAGAAAUGCGAGCACAAGACAUCUCGCAAGACGACAGUUUUGAGACCGAUCCAAAAAACGCGGUAGCUGCGCCCCUUGGUGGCGCAGCGUUUUCGAUGGAUCAAGCUGGACAGCUUCCCGCGCAGGAGGCAGAGGCCAAACCAAGUUCUUUUAAAGCGGCGCUCGGCAAGAAAUUGAGCAACGAAGGGAGCGUUGACUCAAUCGCGAAUGGGCAACCAGGCGGAAGUCGUUGGAAGUUGCUGAAAACGCUGAAAGAACGCAAAAUUGAGGAGCAAGUUAACCAAGAAAAGAUCAAGGAAGAGGAGGCAACAAAAGACACCACAAAGAAUGGUGGCUCUGACGGUACCGGAGGACGUGGAGGAAACGGGCAUCCCGGAGACAAUCCUUUCUACAGCAACAUCGAUAGUAUGCCUGAUAUUCGACCAAGGCGGAAAUCCAUACCUUUGGUAUCAGAACUUACUAUGGCUGCUACUAAACGUAACGCUGGCUUAACAUCUGCUGUUCCAAGAGCUACACUUAACGAUGAGGAAUUGAAAAUGCAUGUCUACAAGAAAGCUUUACAAGCCUUGAUAUAUCCUAUUUCAUCUACAACACCACACAAUUUCGUUCUAUGGACAGCCACUUCUCCCACUUACUGCUAUGAAUGUGAAGGUUUACUCUGGGGAAUUGCGAGGCAAGGUGUAAGGUGUACUGAAUGUGGUGUCAAAUGUCAUGAAAAAUGCAAAGAUUUGCUCAACGCGGAUUGCUUACAAAGUAAGAUAUACAAUUUCUUUUUAUUUUACAUUUUUUUUUUCUCUAACAAACCUACCAAAAAAAGACAUUUUAAUACAGAAAGAGCGGCGGAGAAAAGUUCCAAGCAUGGCGCCGAAGACAAAGCCAAUUCCAUCAUAACAGCCAUGAAGGAACGCAUGAAGCAACGUGAACGCGAUAAACCCGAGAUUUUUGAGUUGAUUCGCGCUGUAUUCAGUGUUGAGGAAAAAAGUCAUGCGGGCCAUAUGAAAGCGGUAAAGCAAAGUGUAUUGGACGGAACGAGUAAAUGGUCAGCUAAAAUUGCAAUAACAGUCAUGUGCGCACAAGGUUUGAUAGCCAAGGAUAAAAGUGGCACAAGUGACCCUUAUGUCACAGUUCAAGUAAGCAAAGUAAAGAAACGAACUCGCACAAUGCCGCAAGAAUUGAAUCCCGUGUGGAAUGAAAAGUUUCAUUUUGAGUGUCAUAACUCUUCUGACCGGAUAAAGGUUCGAGUAUGGGAUGAAGAUAAUGAUUUGAAAUCGAAAUUGCGACAAAAGUUGACACGUGAAUCGGAUGAUUUCUUGGGACAAACCAUCAUUGAGGUACGAACCUUAUCGGGCGAAAUGGAUGUUUGGUACAAUUUGGAAAAGCGUACGGACAAAUCUGCAGUCAGUGGUGCAAUUCGCCUUCACAUUUCUGUCGAAAUUAAGGGUGAAGAAAAGGUUGCGCCAUACCAUGUUCAGUACACGUGUUUACACGAAAAUCUCUUCCAUUACCUGUGCGAGGAGAAUGUCGGCAUUGUGAAAUUACCAACAGCCAAAGGAGAUGACGCAUGGAAAAUUUACUUUGAUGAUCCGCCGGAGGAAAUUGUCGACGAAUUUGCGAUGCGUUUUGGUGUGGAGAGCAUUUUCCAGGCCAUGACACAUUUCCAUUGCUUAUCCACGAAAUACCUCUGUCCCGGUGUGCCAGCUGUCAUGAGUACGCUCCUGGCCAACAUUAAUGCGUAUUAUGCGCACACAACUGCCUCCAGUGCGGUGUCGGCCAGUGAUCGUUUCUCCGCGAGCAAUUUUGGAAAAGAGAAAUUCGUCAAGCUUCUGGACCAAUUGCAUAAUUCACUUAGGAUAGAUUUAUCAAUGUAUCGAAAUAAUUUUCCUGCAUCUAGUCAAGAAAAACUUAUGGACCUGAAAUCAACUGUAGAUCUUUUAACCAGUAUUACCUUUUUUAGAAUGAAAGUACAAGAACUGUCUAGUCCGCCUAGAGCAAGCACUGUCGUGAAGGAUUGCGUGAAAGCCUGUCUUAGAUCCACCUAUCAAUUCCUCUUCGAAAAUUGCUACGAAUUGUACAGUCGGGAAUUUCAGGUGGAUCCAAACGAGCCCAAACGGGAUCCUGACGACCAUGGACCAAAAUUAGAUAGUGUAGACUUUUGGCAUAAACUAAUUGCUCUUAUUGUAUCGGUUAUUGAGGAAGAUAAGAAUAGUUAUGGCUUAGUUUUAAAUCAAUUUCCACAAGAACUUAAUAUUGGACAGUUAUCGGCUGCCACAAUGUGGGGCCUUUUUGCCGUCGACAUGAAAUACGCACUGGAGGAGCACGAGCAACAUCGGCUCUGCAAGUCGUCCGCUUACAUGAAUUUGCACUUUAAAGUAAAGUGGUUGUACACGAAUUACGUGAAAGAAGUUCCGCCAUACAAAGGCGCCGUCCCCGAGUAUCCAGCAUGGUUCGAACCAUUUGUGAUGCAAUGGCUCAAUGAAAAUGACGAUGUUUCACUUGAGUACCUGCACGGAGCGAUUAAGCGUGACAAGCAAGAUACUUUCCAAAAAAGCAGUGAACAUGCCUUAUUUUCAAAUUCCGUUGUUGAUGUCUUUACACAAUUGACACAAUGCUUCGAUGUAGUCAGUAAACUUGAGUGUCCCGAUCCUGAAAUCUGGAAACGGUACAUGCGAAGAUUCGCCAAGACAAUUGUCAAGGUACUGAUUGCAUAUGCAGACAUUGUGAAGAAAGAAUUUCCCGAGCAUGUGAGCGACGAACGGAUCGCUUGUAUUCUCAUGAAUAACGUGCAGCAAUUGCGUGUGCAAUUGGAGAAGAUGUUUGAAUCGAUGGGCGGCGAAAAGUUGGAAGAGGAUGCCGCAAACAUCCUCAAAGAACUUCAACAAAGUCUGAAUUCCGUACUGGAUGACCUGGCAAUCAUUUUUGCCGAUAGCUUGGAGCCACGCAUAACAGCUAGCGUGAAAGAAUUGGGCGACUUGCUGAUGAACGUGAAGGCGCCAGCUGCCAAUCAAACAGCUGCGGCGCAAAAGAAUGCCGUUGCCAUGGAAGCGGAUGAGGUGCUGCGACCUUUAAUGGACUUGCUAGACGGCUCGUUAACGUUAUAUGCGCAAUCCUGCGAAAAGACAGUGCUGAAACGACUGCUGAAAGAAUUGUGGAAAAUAGUUAUGCGUAUUUUAGAAAAAACAAUUGUAUUACCUCCAAUGACUGAUAGAACUAUGAUGUUCAAAAAUCUUACGGACAACGCUAAAAAUUUGGCGGCAAAUGCGAAAAUCGAGGACAUGUCAAGACUGUUCAAGAACUCCAUGUCGGGCAAGCAGGAUGUCAAGAAUGCUCUCAGUGGCGUGAUGGAUAUCUCAAAAGAACGCUUGAGUACGUUGCAAGUGGAGAAGAAUUUAUCGCCAAAACAGUGUGCCGUAUUAGAUGUAGCGCUUGAUACAAUCAAACAAUAUUUCCAUGCCGGUGGAAAUGGACUCAAAAAAGCUUUCCUAGAAAAAUCACCAGAGUUGCAAAGUCUUCGUUAUGCCUUGAGUUUGUACACACAAACGACAGAUACGCUUAUCAAAACAUUUAUCACAAGUCAAAUAAAUGAAGAUACUGGAAAUCAAGAUGAAGGUGUUGUGGGUGAAGUAUCGGUUCAAAUUGAUCUCUUUACGCAUCCAGGCACGGGCGAGCAUAAAGUUACAGUCAAAGUCAUCGCCGCUAACGACUUAAAAUGGGUUAUACAAUCAGGAAUGUUUCGUCCAUUUGUUGAAAUUAAUCUAAUCGGACCACAUUUAGCGGAGAAGAAGCGAAAACACGCCACAAAAUCCAAAUCAAACAACUGGUCACCGAAAUACAAUGAAACUUUCCAUUUCACAAUUGGUAACGAGGAACAAUUAGACUAUUACGAACUGCACAUUUGCGUAAAAGAUUAUUGUUUUGCUAGAGACGAUAGACUCGUGGGCGUCGCUGUCCUACAGCUGAAAGACAUUGUUGAUCAGGGCUCCUGCGCCUGUUGGCUAUCACUCGCCAAACGCAUCCAAAUGGACGAGACUGGCUGGACAAUCUUGCGUAUUCUGUCGCAGCGCAACAAUGACGAAGUGGCGAAGGAAUUUGUCAAAUUAAAGUCUGACAUUCGCACAGAACCGACAGUUGGAUCGACAUAAAUUGAUUUUUAUUUGUUAGAAAUUUAGUUAGUUGUCGAACUUUAAAUUUAUUUCACCAAAGCUUCGCUUCAUUCCUAUCAUCAUCCCUAAAAAAUUUUCAAAAAAAUCAAUUCUUCCUCUUAAAAAUU